AUGAGUAGAGAAUCGGGGUCCGCUGUGUCGGGACCUCUGCAUGUCGUCAUCAUUGGCGCCGGUCUGGCAGGUCUUGCGACAGCUCUCGCGACCAAGAUUGCGAAUCCAUCCCACCGAGUAACAAUACUCGAGACGGUCAAAGAGCUUCAAGAAGUCGGGGCUGGCUUACAACUCACGCCCAACGCAACCCGCUUGCUCGAAGCUUGGGGCCUUUACCCGGCUCUGGCACCUCUCGCGACCCUUCCUUCAACUCUUUCCGUCCACCGCUAUGACGGCAGCCGCCUCCUUGCCCACGAACCCGAACUUCAACAAACAAUCGAAGCUCGCUACGGCCAUCCCUUCUGGGGCCUUCACCGCGUCGAGCUACAGCGCGCCCUCGUCGAUCGCUGCGAGGCGCUCGGGGUCGAGAUUCGUUUGGACUCCCGAGCAGUCUCUGUCGACUUCGACCGCGCUGAAGUCACGAUAGAGGACGACUCAAAGUCCGGCCCUGGCAUCAUCGUGUCUGGCGAUGUUAUCGUCUGCGCAGAUGGCAUGUGGAGCACCACCCGGGCUCAGUUCCUCGGCCGUCCCAGCCCGCCCGCGCUGACCGGCGACCUGGCAUUUCGCAUUGCGAUACCUAUCGACUCGCUCAAAGGCCCCCACAAAGAGGAGCUCGAGGCGUUCAUCAAGUCUGAGACGGUUAACUUCUGGAUCGGUCCGCAGGGCCAUGGGGUCUCGUAUACCGUCAAGCAAGGCCGCAUGCUCAACCUCGGUCUUUUGUCGCCCGACAACCUCCCCGAAGGGUCAACCAAGGUCGUGGGCGACGUUGAGGAGAUGCGCUCGCUCUUCUCGAAAUGGGAUCCACUCCUGCGCAAGCUUCUGGACCAGGUCGAGAGCGUACACAAAUGGAAGCUCUGCUGGAUCGAGCCGCUGGAGGAAUGGGCGAGUCCUGAAGGCAAAUUCUUCAUGGCUGGUGACUGCUGUCACCCGAUGCUUCCUUACCUCGCACAAGGCGCGAACUCGUCCCUGGAAGAUGGAGCUGUUCUGGGAUAUCUCCUUGGAAAAGUGAGCAGCCGAGAGACGAGGGCCGCGCAACUUCCUGCGGCGGCGGCGAUGUAUCAAAGCCUCCGCAUGGGCCGCGGCCAGCGCAUCGUCAUGGAAUCCUUUCGCCAGCGCGAUGACUUUCAUAUGAUGGAUGGCCCAGAGCAAGAACAUCGCGACGAGGUCAUGGUGGCGUCGCUAGAGCCUGGGAAGGAACCCGAACCUGGCUUCCCUUCGCGGUGGACCUGUCCUGAGAUACAGAGGUUCUUGUAUGCUUAUGACGCAUACGCGGAAUCUGAGAAGGCGUACAAACAGAAUCCAUUCUGA